AUGAAUGUGGAAGAUCAAGUUCAUAUUGGUGUAAUUCUAGACAUGGGAUCACUGGAAGGAAAGAUUGUUCUCAGCUGUAUUUCAAUGGCCCUAUCUGAUUUUUACCAUCUGCAUAAUAACUACAGCACAAGAGUAAUUCUCCACAAUAAGGAUUCCAAAGGCAAACCUCUACCUGCUAUGUCAGCUGCUCUUAGUCUGCUGGAUAACAUCAAAGUGCAAGCAAUAAUUGGUGCACGAACUAAAACAGAGGCAAACCUUUUGGCAGAACUAGGAGAAGCGGUUCAACUCCCCGUCAUGUCUUUUUCUCCUUCCUUCACUGACAAUAAAUAUGCCUUCUUUGUUGAGAUCAUGCGCGCUGAUCAAGCUGCUGAAGUUAAGGGAAUCAGUGCCCUUGUUGAUGUUUUCAAAUGGAGGGAUAUUAUCCUUCUAUAUGAUAACAAAGAAUAUGAGAGAGACUUCAUUCCAUCAUUAGUCAACUCCUUCCAAGAGAUCACACAUGGGAGUAUCGACUGCAAAAGUUCAAAUAUUGCUUCCUCAUCAUCAAAUGAAGAAAUCAUGGCAGAGCUCCAAAAGCUGAUGAAACUGAAGAUUAAGGUAUUUGUGGUGCAGGUGUCACAUUUGCUCGCACCUCGCCUUUUCUUAUGUGCAAAUAAGUUGGGGAUGAUGAUUGAAGGGUAUACUUGGAUUGUGACAUCAACUAGCAUGAAUUUCUUAAAUUCCAUGGAUUUGUCUGUUAUUGAGUCAAUGCAAGGAGUGCUGGGUUUCAGAUCUUCUAUUCCAGCAUCAUUGAGCCUUCAUAGUCUUACUUCAAGAUUGAGGAGAAAGUUUCAACUGGAGGAUCCCAAUAUGGAAGCAAUUCGAGAGUUAAGCGCAGAAGGAAUCUGGGCGUUUGAUGCAACUUGGGCUCUAGCAGAAGCAGUUGAAAGAGCAAGGCCUAAAAAUUCUACCACUAGAUCCUCCAAAGGAGUUGUGGUUCUCAGAGAGAUAAUGCAAAGUAGAUUUAAUGGUUUAAGUGGUGAAAUUCAUUAUCUAAAUGGGAAAUUGAUUUCAUCAGAACCAUUUGAGAUAGUUAAUGUUAUAGGAGAAGGGGAGAUCAAAAGGAUUGGAUUUUGGCCUUGCAAAGAGGAACAAAAAACCAGAAAAGGGUCACCCAGCAGCACCUUAAUUACUAAUGAUUGGAAAAAUUUAGUUUCAACUAUUGAUAUCGGAAAAAUCAUAUGGCCUGGAGGAUCCAAGAGGGAAUCAUCAAUACUUAAAAUUAGAAAACUAAGAAUUGGCGUUCCAGUGAGAAUCGGGUUCAAGGAACUUGUUCGUAUCGAGCAUGAUCUUGAAAUCAAUAAAACUCAUGUCACUGGCUUCUCUAUAGAUGUAUUCAAAGCUGCAAUAGGAGCUUUGUCUUAUGAAGAGGAUGUGGAUUACGAGUUUAUUCCAUUUGAGGAUGCCAAUGGAAACCCUGCUGGUAGUUACAAUGAUCUUGUGCACCAGGUUUAUCUUGAGGUAUAUGUAUGCUUAAUAUGUUUACCAACUCGUUAUUACUGCUUCAUUCAUAUGCCAUGCAUUCUAAUUACAGCUUAA